CAACUGCUUGUGUUUGUGCUUUUGACCAAUGAUAUCACAUCAACAGUGCAGACAGCCUCUCUGAAGCAUAUAAAAGAAAGCAGCCUUUCACUUGUCUGCAACAUUCUUGAUCACUUCCAACAGCGCAGAUCAGCUCCGACUAACAGAUCAACCUCUCAUCCUGCUCCUGUGACAGAGAGACUCCAACAUGCUCUUCCUGUUCCUCUUCUUGUUUGGUCUGGCUCUGGGGACUGAGUCUCCUUCAGGUGAACAUCCAUUGAAGCUACAGCGUGGUAACUGUCCCCCAUUCUGGUUCAGCUUCAACAACCGCUGCUACAAGUACGUCUCCACACAUAUGACCUGGGCUGAUGCAGAGAUUUACUGUGUGUCACAGAAGGCCAAUCUGGUGUCUAUCCACAGUCAGGAAGAACAGGACUUUGUCAAAUCCCUGAUCAAGAACUUUGACCAUGCUGAGGGAUGGACCUGGAUUGGACUUAAUGAUAUCUAUAAAGAAGGCAGAUGGAUGUGGUCUGAUGGAUGUGCAGUGGACUAUGUCUUUUGGCAUUCAGGACAGCCAAACAAUUAUGAACAAAAGCAAGACUGUGUUCACAACAACCUUAGAAAUGAACUAAAAUGGAAUGAUCAUCAGUGUUCUCUUACUCAUCAGUCUGUUUGUGCUUCUCGCAUAAUCUGUCCGUAGCAACCCAGAUGGUUGCUGACAGCAACCUGGAGAAUAUU